AUGAGGAGUCGGGUUCUGACUUGGUUGCAUGCACAAGGCACACUUUCUUCGACGGACUUUCGGAGGCUUGUACAAAACCAUGAUGCCAUCCGAGAUGGACGAGGAUUUGGCAAUCCAGCUGCGCGGUAUUGCUUUAUUUUUGAGAGCGCAGCACGACUACUUUAUAGCCACGCGCCGUUAUUAUUGAACAUCACGGACCAAGAAACUCGUGUAUCGAAUGUUCCCAGCUGCUGGCUUCGAGGGAACGGAGCGGACAGCACUAGAGAGAGACGACGGGCCGGAAGGCAGCAUGCGAAGAUGUGGGAUCCAAGACAGCAAAAGUUGCAAAAGGGAGAGAAACGGUACAUGAAUCAUGUCAGCGGGCUGUUGCGAAUUUUCAUGUUGGGAGAACAGGGAAAUCAAGAGAUAUCGAGAUAA